GUGGGCGUGGCUUACGUUUGCGGUUGUUUUUGUCAUGCAUACUACAGACAGCGAUGAGAUUCAUCUACAUGUUUGUUUGUUUUUUCAAAUCAAUCAAUCACAAUUCAUGUUUUGAUCAACAUCUGUUUGUUUAUUCGUCGUAAAAUGGACAGUCUUUCAGGGCAAAACUCAGAGAAGGACAGACUUCUGACCUCUGUCACAGACUAUGAGUCCAAUGACCUCAACGGCAGGUGUCACGGCAACCUUCAAACCCUGGAUGUGUCUUCAUCAGGGUCACUUCAGCAGCGUGAGGAGGAGGAAGAGGAGGAGGCGCUGAGGAGGAAGCUGAAAUAUUUCUUCAUGAGUCCAUGUGAUAAAUAUCACGCUAAAGGCCGCAAACCCUUCAAACUCGUCCUUCAGCUGCUAAAGAUCAUCAUAGUUACAGUACAGCUGGUAAUGUUUGGUCUCAGUAAUCAUAUGGUGGUCGCUUUUAAGGAAGAAAACACAGACUCCUUCAAACAUCUGUUCCUGAGAGACUAUAAGGAUGAUUCUGAGGAACCAAUCUGUAUCCACACACAGAAAGAUGUUUAUGAAAACAUUGAAUACGCUAUAGAUCAGUAUCUGGCUCUAUCACAGACAUCAGUGGGCAAGUACGCAUAUGUUUCAGGUGUGGGUUUAAAUGGAAGCGCCCUCUCUCUGUGUCAGCGGUACUACAGGAAGGGUAGCAUUGAUCCAGUCAAUGACACGUUUGACAUUGACCCUCGUGUUAUGACAGAUUGUAUUGGACUGAAUCCACUCCUGGAUGUCUCACCUUCACUACAAAACAACUACAAGAACUUCACCCUCAAAUUUCAAAAGUUAAUUAAUGUUACGAUACAGUUUCAGCUGAAGGCAAUAAAUAUUCAGACGAUUAUCAACAAUGAGAUUCCUGACUGUUACACCUUCUCCAUCACAAUUCUGUUUGAUAAUAAAGCUCACAGCGGUAAAAUAAAGCUGAGUUUGCAGAAUCAAGCGUCCAUUAAGGAGUGUCGAGACCCUAAUGUGUCCGGACACGCGGACAGCUAUGCUCGUGUAGCGUUUGAUCUGUUUGUGGCUGUGAUCUGUGGUCUUUCUCUGGUGUUGUGUGGACGCUCCAUCAUCAGAGGAAUCAUCCUGCAAAAUGAGUUUGUGCAGUAUUUCAGACGCUCUCUGGAUCGUUCAGUGUGUUGGGGAGAUCGUCUGGAGUUUAUUAACGGCUGGUAUCUGCUCCUCAUCAUCAGCGAUGUUCUCACCAUCAUCGCCUCCUUCAUUAAAAUCGCCAUAGAGACCAAGAAUCUGGCGUCUUACGAUGUCUGCAGUAUUUUAAUGGGAACCUCCACGCUGCUGGUGUGGGUGGGUGUGAUACGAUACUUCAGCUUCUUUCAGAAAUAUAAUAUUCUUAUUGUGACUCUGCGAGCUGCGUUUCCAAAUGUGAUUCGAUUCUGCUGCUGUGCUGCUGCUAUUUACAUGGGCUACUGCUUCUGCGGCUGGAUCGUCCUGGGACCUUACCACAAUAAAUUUCGCUCUCUCUCUACAGUGUCCGAGUGUUUGUUUUCUCUAAUAAACGGCGAUGACAUGUUUGCGACAUUCUCUGAGGUGGAGCAGAGUGGGGCGCUGGUGUGGGUCUUCAGUCAGGUGUAUCUCUACACCUUCAUCUCGCUCUUCAUCUACAUGGUUCUGUCGCUCUUCAUCGCUGUCAUCACUGGAGCCUACGAAACCAUCACACAACAAUCCCAGGAUCCUCCUCAGGUGUCUGAAGUGCACCGCUUCAUCGCUGAAUGUACAGACACACCAACAUCUGGAAACUUUCACAGUCCUGAGACGUCAACAUGUUCAAUCUUCUGCUGCUUUAACUAAUGUGUGUCUUAAAAGGAAAGAGACGAUUUAUUUUGCCUGAAGAUUUCUUCAGCUGAGAUGAUGAAGCUCUCGGCAUGCAAAGCUUUUAAGGUAAAUAAUAAGAAACAGUUUUUCUGUAAAUGCUGAACCGAAGUGCUCCCUCUUCACACACACAAUAUGAUCGCAUAUACAUUCACCCCAAAAUCACACGUUAAGAUUUGUUUAAUUUGCACUAAAGAAAUGAAGCCUGUUUUAAGACCAUUAACAUCCACUGAGACGGGUUUUCAAUCUUAAAUUCUCAUUACUGUAAAACAUCUAGGAUUUGGUUAUUUUGUAGUUCACCUUAUCCUCAAAACACAUUUAAAGUUAUGUAGUAAAGUGUUAUUAUAUGAUGUUUACUGUAUUAUAGAUAAACAAUUACUGUAAUAUUGCAGUAAAAUGUAAGGACAGUGUAAGGAUCAUUAGUCUGUGUCAGUUCUGUUACUGUUAAGCUCUGUUGGCAAGGUCGAGUAACAGUGUUGACAGUCCAGUAACAGAACUGACACACAUGUAGCCUGUAACACCAAAUUAUUUAAAAUAAUUACAAAUAUUACCAUUUGACACCAAACGUACCUUCAAUUAUACUCAUGUUGUGCCAUCAUGAAUAUAUUUUCAUAAUGUAAAAGAUGGCGAUGGUCUCGUGAUGGGCUUCAGGUCUCUGUUUAUUGAUUGUGAGUUGUGAGAUUGAUUUAGAUUUGAUUCAUGUGUGUUUGUAAUGUAGACGUCUGUUUAUUAUUCAGUUAUGAGCACAGCUGAACGUACAGAUGUUUGUUUUGUUUUGUUUAAAUGUAUAUUAACCUUUUGUUUACUGAUGAAUUUGCACGUUAGGUAUUUCUGAUUACGUGUAGGUGAAGAGUCAGAUAGAUGAUAAAUGCCAAAUUCUGUGUGUGUGUGUGUGUGUAAGAAAGCAUAGCCUUCAGCUUUAUUAUAAUAUUAAUAUUAAUGAGAGGGGAGGAGUCGGGCGUUUCUAUCUUCAGGGCUGUACACAGAUGAGUUCACCAGAGAUUUCCUGCAGACAGACCAAAGGAGUCUUUGUGUUUUUUCUCAACAUUUCUCAUCAUAUAGACACGGUUGAUGUUGUUUAUUAUAGCGUGUCAUUGAUGUAUGAUCUGUUUUAGUAAUCAUAAAUGAUGAUUUUACAAACAUAAGGGACCGGACACCAGCUAAACACAAAGGUGAAUGAAACAUAAGCUGAGCGUGUCAUACGAUUCAGAUUAUUAUUGUAUUGUUUUCUUUCAUUAUUCUGAUUCGUCAUCGUACAGUUUUAUAUUGAUUAUAUUAGCACUAUUAUAAUUUCAACACAUGUAUUCCUCUUUCACUCGGUGUACAGUAGUGUGAAAAACAAGCAGGAUCUCAUUACAUCAUCUCUUUAUGUUAUUAUGAUGGAUCUUUUUAAACCAGCUUAUUGUAAAUGAUAAUUUUUUUCUUGUUUUUAUUUUAUAUAUUAUUUUUUUGUAUUAUUAUUAUUAUUUUCUUUUAUAUAUUAUGAUUUGAUUUUAAGAAACCACACUAUAAAUAUAAAGUAUUAUUAUUAUUAUUAAAGGGAAUUUAUCUCAUUUGCUGUAAUUUUGACCUACCCAGAAUGCAUUUGUAUUCUUGUUUUAUGAUUAUGGUCACAUACUUUUAAUUUAUUCACAGAUUUAGUCAUAUUUAAAUGACAUGAAGUGAUUUAAUGUGAGCUCUUGUAGAUGUUCUGUCUGAUUGACUUUAGGAGUCAAGUGUUUGAUUUAAAGUUUUUUUUAACAAAAGGGAAUUUUUAUGUUAUGUUUAUUUUUAUGGUAUCUGUUAUUUAAGUACAUAUCUGUAAAAGAUUAAUGAUAAUUUAGACAGCUGUUGUAAUGCACAGAUCUGAUGAUCUCUCUCUGUUGGCAUCAUAAAAACAAACACAUUUUAACAAUAAUCAUUUAAAUCUCAGAUCUUUGCAAAUAAAAUAUCUGUAAAUCACAAGUUUUAGUUUUGUUGAUUGUCAUGAACAGAUCAUUUAAAAGAUGAUUUUGUUUGCAGAUUUGUACCUAUAAGCAUUGACCGUCCAGAUAUCAUGAAAACUCAUGCAGCAAAUGGUUUCCUCAAAAAUUCUGCACUCUUGGAAAGGAUGUUUUAAAUUUUUACACAUCUUUUUAUGUUAAGCUGUAUGUAAUUUUAACACAUUUUGUGUUGAUUUUGUGUUAAAAUGUUAAAAGUAACACAAAAUGUGUUGUUUCAAUUAUAACACAGAGAUGGGUGGAUUCUGGGACAACGCAUUUAGUGUGUAAUCUCAGAAUCAACACUAAUGUGAUGUUUUUAACACAUCUGUUCUAAGAGUGUGCUGUUAUUUAGUGUCCAUGUUGUUUUAAAGAAUGUUUUCUGUAUAAAACACUAGAGGAAACGAGGUGUUUAACAGAUGCUGAAGUUUGAAGGAGAUUUGAGACUUCAGAGAAGAUCUGUGAGUAAUGAUGCUCAUUUUGCCCCCUUAUUGUCUACAACACUUUUAUUUAAGGCACCAAAGUAAUGCGAUGCAAAUUUGUUAUAAAAAUACCCAAACAAUAGAAAAUAUCUUCGUUGUUAAAGGUGCCAUAGAAUGUAAAACUGUAACUGAGUUGUGUACAUGGUAAUGGCAUAUCUUGAGCCUCAAACACAAUUGUUUCCUUCUCUUAUGUAAACCUCGUAAAUGCAAAAGAAAACCGAACACCAACUUUGCCGUUACAGUCCAGAUGAACGACCCCAACAUUAAAUUAAGUACAAUGUUGUUACAAUGCUAAAAAUAAAGUUGUGAAUGCUGAAUGCUAGUUAAUGCUAUAUGCUAGUCUUUAGGCUGAAGUUCUACUAUUGACCUUACAGUUACGUUCAUCUUCGUCUGAUACAGACUCAAACAUAAGAUCUGUUUACACACGCACAAAGAGCUACUGAAGGAGCUGCUCUGAGAAACAACCAAUCAGAGCAGAGCACUGGCCUAUAGUGGUGUGUUAAGGGCUCAUUAUAGUUCUGCGUAGGUCCUACGGUGUAGUCGCGACAAUGUAGGUUCCGCGUCGGUUUUCAUUUAUACUUUUACGCCGACGUCCAAAUACACGCGCAGACAGCUGGUCGGCAGUAUCCACGCGUGUAACCACAGUAGCAAGUGUGACCGUCAAAGAAGAUGAAGCUUGGCAAGUUAACCAACAAACAAAGAAGAAACAGCAACUUGUGUAUGAUUUGAGAAGCCCAGCAAUGAUGGAAGUAAAUAAACAGCGAGUUUGAGUUAAAUCACUCUUCAACUUGGCUAUAAAUAUUUGUUUUCACCUUUGCAAAUGGAAAUACCUAUGAAAUACCUAUUUUUUUACCUGACGGGAGGAGUUCUGGUGGACCAAUCACAGCAUUUUCAGUCCGUGUAGAACUGAAAAUGCGGUGUUAAAACUUUUGCGAGGUGAACGUCAGGCUACGCACUGGCUACGGAUAACCUACGGCGUAGAGCUUACGCACGACUAUAAAUCGGGCUCUAUAACUUAUCUGUAAGUUCUAUGGCUGUUUCGCAAUGUCAAGGAUACUUCCUUGGCAGGACUGGUCUUUCCAAGGCACUUCCUUCAGAGGUGAGGCUCCUCUUUAGAAUUUGGACAACACGUAUACAGGCUAGCAAGUGCACGGCAUUGCGUCAUUAGGUCAGUAAAAAGGUGUGCUUUCGGUGCUGUGCACGUAGGAUUAUGGGUGAUUUGAGAGCGCAAAGGCUACACAUAUGUAUCCUUUCCUUUAUAUGGGAUAUUUCUCGAACGAAGGACUCUCCUUGUUUGCAAUUCCGAGGAUCCUUCCUUGACAUUGAGAAACAGCCAGUGUGUUUGUGUUGUAUUGAGACAGAUCAUCCAGCAGAUGGUGCAGUGAGUCUCAUCAUCUCAUAGCCUGCAGGGUUUCAUUCACUGACUGUCUCUGGAGAAAGAGAAGAUAACUAUAGAGUAAAGAUACAGCCAAACCCGAUGACAUCGAUAAAUGUAAGCUGGCAAACUGUUUAAAUGCCUUUCUGCUUUCAUUCAAAAGUGAUUGCAAGGAUCUAAAUUUGAAAUAAAGACAUAGAUUGUGCAUUAUUUCCAGCUAUGCAGACAUGCAGUAAUAACACACAGAAAUCUCUCUGAGAUGCUGAAGUGAUUGCUGUAUGAUGAGAUAAGGGAUGUGUCUGUAGCAGGGUAGCCAGUCCAGAUCUCCUAAUACUGAUAUACAUUAUUUAGUGCAGGAUGGAGCCAAAGCACAAAGGAACUGAAGAUCAGAUGAAGGAAGAGAGGAAAGAGUUGAGCCCCAGGGAGAAGACUGAGAUCUUGCAUUAACUGUGGCCUUGUUUGCUGUCAGUCUGUCACCUCCUCAAGCUUGAAUAUUUAAUGUAAGUUGCAUUUGUUUUAGGCGUUUUAUGGUGCUCAGGUACUGGACUCUAGACAAUAAUGAUGCUGAAGGGUUUUAAAGCCCUACAGUUUGUGAAUUUUAUAGAUUUUUUCCAUAGACUUUUCUUUUGAGUCUGUGUGUUUUAUGAGGAAUCAUGUUGAUGCCAGUUUGUGGUUGUUUGAUGACUCUUUAAUCAUCGCUUUAUGUUUGUGAGAAUCUCAUAAACUUGCAAAAGGAAAUUCCUGAUUUAGUAGAGACAAAGUAUUAAAAUAUUGCAUGGCUCAUCUCAGUUCCCAUAACACUAAAUAUGAGAUCUGAGGAAAAAGUAGUAAUGCAAAUCUUUUUUUAAAUAUCUUUCUUAUUUUCCUUACUGCAUGUUGUUCUGAUAACAAGAAAAUCUUGUUAUCAGAACAACAUGCAGUAAGAAAUGUUUUUUAAAUCGUUUUUCAAUUGUCGUAUUUGAAACCUUUUCAGGUUAAAUCUGAAAUCCUUAAAAGUUUGUGAAUCUGUGGAAAAAAUAAACAUGCAUGGAUACAGGGGAUUGAACGUGCAUGCUUAAAUCAAUUUUGUGCAAGAAGUUUUCCUGAAAAAUCCAUAUUAUUUCUUGUGUAGUGUAGGAUGAUGUCAUAAACAUUUUAGACUUUUUUAGCGCACAUGCUAAACUUUAAAUGUUUUCAAUGCUUAUAUCUUCUGAAUGCAAAUUUGUUUCCAUACUUUUUGCAUAGAUGUGUUUGACACAUAAAAAUUGCCUCUACCAAUGUAUCUUACAAGGAACCUUGCUCGCAUUUGAAAUCCAUUCCCACAUGAAGUCCUUGAAAGGUCCUUGAAUUAAAAUAAC